GUUGUUUUUUACAGUAUAGAAUCCAACUGAAAAAAUUUCUUCUACAAUAAAAAAAAAAGUUAAAUUUUUCAAUUAGAUCAAAAAAACAUGAAGAUCACAAUAUUUAUUGCUAUCACCGGAGCACUAAGUUUUACUGUUAUUUAUAAUUAUUGUUAUAAUUUUAUUUAUUUUGAUGGCAGGCCCGGUAUAUCGGAUGAUUUUUGUUGGGGCAAAAAAGAAAAUUGCAAAAAUGAUACAAAUAUUUAUUCAUUUAAGAUAAAUAUUCGACAGGAGGAAAUAGAUGACUUAAUUUCAAGAUUGAACAACACCAGGCAAUUUAUAUCACGAUUAGAAAAUACUCAAACCCAAUAUGGAGUUUCCGGCCAAAUUUUAGAAGUUAUACGUAAAUUUGUAAUGGAGGAAUAUAAUUUUACACAAAGACUGAUUUAUCUCAAUAAAUAUCCUCAAUUUAAGACAAAAAUUCAAGGACUGAAUAUCCAUUUUUUGCACAUAAAACCAAAAAAUAGAAGAGACUUACCCGUUAUACCUAUUUUGUUGCUACAUGGUUGGCCUAGUUCCGUACGAGAAUUUUACGAAUCUGUUCCAUCAUUCAUGUCAGAUAAUCGUCAGUAUGCCAUAGAAUUAGUCAUACCAACUCUCCCAGGAUUUGGUUAUUCAGAUGGCGCUACCAAACCGAACUGUCGUACUGCCCACAUAGCAAAUAUGCUGAAAAUCCUAAUGGACCGAUUAGGCUACAAGCGAUACGUGGUACACGGAAGUGAUUGGGGUGCAGUAGUGGCUACAAAUAUGGCUACACUCUAUCCAGAAAACGUUAUCGGAUUCCACUCAAACUUUUGUUUCUCAUUUAGAGUAGUAACUUUGAUAAAAAUUUUGCUGGCUGGGUUGUAUCCAUCCGCAGCAUUUGAUGAUAAAUAUGUAAAUAAGUUGUAUCCACUAAGCGAGUAUUUUAAAUUUCUAAUGAGUGAAGCAGCUUAUUUGCAUUUGAUGGGAACCAAGUCAGAUACAAUUGGACAUACAUUGGAUAGUACACCAAUUGGUCUAAUAUCGUUUAUGUUCGAGAAACUGUCAGUUGGAACCAAUAAAAAUAAUAUUUACUCGCCCACUGCAGGUCUGGAACACUUCGAUUUAACCAAAAUUAUGGAUAUCAUAUUGUUCUAUUAUUGGUUUCCCCAAAAGGCCGCCACUUCUUCCAGAAUUUAUUCUGAGAAUCUCAGCCUUAAUGGAUUACUUGAGGGACUACAUAACAUACCAAUUCAUCCUAGUGUACUUUGCAAAUGCGUCAUGUUUGAAAAUGAGUUUUUCUUUUUACCUGAGAAUUUUCUUCGUGACAAAUACACAAAUCUUGUUGGUUACGACAUAUAUCCAGGAAUUGGACAUUUUGCUGCUAUCGAAGCAAAUGACAUCCUUACCGAAGAUAUUAUUUCAUUUGUUGAACGAUUUUUUGUGAAAAAUUCAUAGUGAAAAUUAAAGUUUUUAAAAUAUUUGAUUAAUAC